AUGGCCACGGAAGACGCAGAUGAAGUCCACUUCAAUGGUCUUGAUGUUCUCAAAAUAUCAGUAGCAAUUGUUUGCAUUCCAAAAAUUUUUAACACACGAAUUCAUUCAUUAUCUGCUAGUCCGGUUACCGCUCUUCGUACAGUUAUAUCGGUCACUUUGAGUGCUCAUAGGAGGAAAUGGCUUACACAGGGUCUUCUUCAGCUUAGCCUUACAGGUGAGACCAAACUAGACGACGCGACCUAA